AAACGGACCUGUUUCGUGGCAGUUGAAGUGAGAAAUGCCGAUCGACUGACGCGUUUUGUAGAUAUUUGCAGUAGAAUAUGGAGAAAAAGGACCGACUGUUAGACAUUCCAUGCAGAGUCUGCGGAGAUAGAAGUUCUGGUAAACAUUACGGUAUCUACAGUUGUGACGGCUGUUCUGGUUUCUUCAAGCGCAGCAUACACAGAAACAGAGUAUAUACCUGUAAAGCUCAGGGUGAUUUAAAGGGCAAAUGUCCUAUCGACAAGACUCAUAGGAACCAAUGUAGGGCUUGUCGCCUAAAGAAGUGCUUCGAAGCUUGCAUGAAUAAAGAGGCUGUUCAACACGAAAGAGGACCAAGAAAACCAAAAUUUAAAGAUCCUAGCGACCUGCAAAAAAACGUAACAGCCACAUACACUUCCAAAUUUCAUUUCGACAUGAGUAAAGUACCUACGAGUUUAGCAACUGCCGCUGCCGUUGCCGCUGCAGCAGCGGCAGGAGCCGCAUCUGAUAGUUCCAUGUUCGCUCAAUCCAAGGAAAUGCAACAGGGUGCGGCCGCAGCAUUUAUGGGUGCUUCUUCAGCGGGUCUUUUGCAGAUGCUCCUAAACGCAGAAAAAUCCCAAGAACUUAUUUGGAACAGUGUUCGAUUAGGACAAGGUCUCGGGGUCAUCGGUGGAUUGGGAAUAGGUGUAUCGGGUUCUAAGAUCGUUGAUCAUUUAUCGCAUCUUCCAGCUUUACCUCCUCCUCCUCAUACGCUUAUUUGUCCUCCAAAUUUAAUUGCAACUGCUUGUCCGGCUACCAGUGGAGAUGGAGGACAAAAUGCGGGUGUGAUAAGAUCUAUAUAUACGGGAUCACCUCUACAUAAUAUGGCAUUGGGUGCCCCUAGAGAAACGGUGCAAGAAGUUACAGCUCGGCUCCUCUUCAUGGUGAUUCGUUGGGUGAAAUGUUUGCCUACAUUUCAGACGUUAUCUAAGAGUGACCAAGUAAUCCUCUUAGAAGAAUCUUGGAAAGACUUAUUUCUUCUCAAUAUGGCGCAGUGGUCCGUAACUUUAGAUCUUUUGGCUACAUUACCCCGUUCUACAUUACCGGUGUCUCGUCCUCCCGCAGAACAAAAAACGGAAGAUACGUCUUACAUUAUCGAUUUUCAUUAUAUUCAAGAGAUAAUGAGAAGAUUCCGUCAACUGUCACCUGAUGGAACAGAAUGCAGUUGCUUAAAAGCUAUUGUGCUAUUUAAACCAGAGACGAUGAGCCUUUGCGAUAUUCAUCCGGUAGAAAUGUUACAAGAUCAGGCACAGUGCAUUUUGGGAGACUACGUUCGUCACAAGUAUCCCAGACAGCCCACUCGUUUCGGUCGUCUUCUUCUGUUAAUACCCUGUUUGCGUGCCAUAAGCAGUAGCUCCGUAGAGAGGCUGUUUUUUAAGGACACGAUCGGAGACAUACCAAUAGAAAGGAUUCUGGGAGACAUGUACCACAUGGAACGUUUGGAUUGAUGACCCAAAUCAUUCUUCAGAUUCUCAAUUAGUCUGCAGGCUCUGAGUUGAUGGAAUUAAUUUCAUAAACAAUUUAAUACAUCAUGAGUUACUCCGGUAAUCAUCUUUAAGAGAGCCCGUUAUUCAUAAUUGAAGUCUACAGUAUUCAUGAACGGUGAGGGAUGAAACAAGAUCCCUUAUUUCUCAUUUUUUAAUUGUAUGUUGAGUGCAAUCUGUAACGUUAAUCAUUCUUAAAAUCUGUACAUUUUAAAAAUAGCUUGAAAUGAACUUCGUCAAAUCUGAAAACGGUGUUCAUUUAAUGCGCUUUUUUAAAUUCAUUUUAUUUAUGAAUACAAUUUAGCCCAAACUAAGACCAAUUAAUGGUUCAGAUGUGUAGCCUAUAAUUCUACGGUUUAUCUUUAAAAAAUUCACGGGUCUUAAUUGGAUUUAACAUUUACAAUAAUAUGGGUCUAUACAAUAGAGUGACUCAAAAAAAUGCUUAAAUAGUUAAUAAAUUAUUACUGUGUUAAAUCAGAAAGUAUUAAAUUUUACUUUCCUAGAUUCUAGAAAAAAUUGCGUUAACUUGCUCUAUUUUAUAGACCCAAUAAAUUAUUAAAAAACUAAAUUUAAACAAAAAAUUAAUGUA